AUGAACAUCGUGCUUAUUUCACGCAGUGAACCGAAGCUGAUGAAAGUUGCCCAAGAAAUUUACGAGAGAUACAACGUUCAAACCCAGGUGAUUGCGGUGGACUUCUCCAAAGGACCAGAGAUCUACAAACCCAUCAGGGAACAACUUGAUUCGUUAGACAUUGGCAUUUUAUUAAACAACGUCGGAUACUAUCCGAUGGUGCGCGUCUUUGACCUGAACACCGAAGAGGAAAUGCUAACAACAAUCAACCUCAACGUUCUUAGCACAACUAUGAUGACCCGGAUGGUGCUUCCCGGUAUGAAGCAACGCGGUAGGGGCAUCAUCGUCAACAUGUCAUCUACGUCCUGCUACAGACCAGCGGCGUACUUGAAUCUGUACGCAUCGACUAAGGCGUUCGUGACCAGCUUCAGCUUGGGUUUGCAACAUGAACUCCAGGGAACUGGUGUUGAGUGUCAAGUCGUUACACCCGGUAUGGUGCAGACCAACAUGAUCACCAAAUUCGAUGGUGAAAUUCCAUGGUACAUCUCGGUUACGACUCCUGAAUCGUUGGCCCAGUUUGGUGUGUUCACGCUGGGUAAAACUUCCCACACUUGCGGUGGUUGGAUGCACGCUUUUCAGGUUUGCUGGCAGGAUUUGGUUCCACUUUCCUUGGGAACUUUCUUCAUUUCUCGUAUAACUGCAAAGGCAAUCGGAAAGUGA